AUGUCGCUCGAGAACCGCGACGAGGCCAUUCGGGAGGUCAAGCUCUUCGUUCGUCGCAUCGUGCGAAAUGACUGGGCCUUUGAUUCGACAUUAUACGCGGACGGAACCCGCCCGGGGCCUGCAAGCUCGCCCACAUUGACCGACGGAACCCUCUGUGAGGGUCGCCGAGUCAUGGAAUGGCGAUGCAGGGAAUUCGACAGCGCAGGGCCAGAAUUGGACCCGCAAUCGUCGGAUCAGAGUGAUUCAGAGUCACAUUCACCCUCAAGAUCCGGAGGGAUCACGGAAAUUGAACGGCGGCGCAGACGUCGACGACGAAUGGCCGACGAAAUGGAAUGGAAUGCGGGAUUGCGAAUGUGGAUGGCUAGACGAGAUGAGUGGACUGGCGCAAGAACGCAGCGUCAGCUUCGGGCUAGUGAGCGGACGCGCAAGCUUGCCGUCACGCAUAGUCAGAACUCAGGUGCAGAGGGCGGACUCGAUGCGGCAAAUGCGGGUGGAACGAGCUCCCUGGCCAAGGACGCCGCGAACACGAUCGAGGCUAGUGAGGUGAACAAGGCCGAGUCGAAUCCGUCGGUUACUGACAAGGACAGGGCAGAGCCACAGCUGCCUCGACAGGAGCAAGAGGAAGAACAGUCCACCGCACCCGACGAGGAGAAACAGCGCAAAGAAUCCACAGAAACCUGUAUCACCGAGCCGGAACAGACUUUCAAGGUGACAAGUCGCAGUGACGGUGGUCAGAUCGAUGACAAGGACUCGGGCGACGAGCAAGACUCGGAGGGAGAGGACGAAGAGCUGGAUGAGCCUCUUGUUCCAGUCGCUCCCCCUUUCAUCUCUAAUUCCAACCCUGUCCGCGCGACCAUCACUCCCACCAUUUAUCCUUCAAUUUAUUCCAAGGUGGUCGUGCAGGGCCUGACGCCCACGAUCCCCAUCAACCUGGCCGAUUUGACCAAUGCAAUGGUCCAGGGAUGGAAAGCAGAUGGCCAGUGGCCGCCCAAACCGGCCGUCACCUCUAUUGUUCUUCAAGACGAUGCUUCAGUCCCCAAAGUCCCUGCAGACUCGCCCGCUCCCGCGUCCUCACAGUCACGGCGAAAGAACAGCAUUACUAACGCGAUGCGCAAGGUGUUCCACAUGAGUACUCAUCCGUUCCAUCGCCGUGGCUCAAAUAACCCGGACCCUGGUGCGAGCCAAAACAACGGCAAUGGAACCACUGCUUGA